UGGGAGAGAAGGGGGCCGACUGAGGAGUAUAACAGGCGCCGUCUCGCUCCCCCGAUGAGAAUCAUGACUUCUGCUUCUUCAGCUGCUCUUGAGUCCAGUCUACGACAGCCACCACUACCACUCCUUCUACUACUUCCCUAUCCCCUCCUAGACAAGACAUCAAGUCCACGAUCACGAUGAAGGCCUUCUCCCUCGUCGCUCUGGCGACCGCCGUCAGCGGCCACGCCAUCUUCCAGAGGCUCUCUGUCAACGGCCAGGACCAAGGCCAGCUCAAGGGCAUCCGCGCCCCCUACAGCAACUUCCCCAUCGAGAACGUCAACCACGCCGACUUUGCCUGCAACACCAACAUCCAGAUCAAGGACAACAACGUCAUCAAGAUCCCCGCUGGUGCCCGUGUCGGCGCGUGGUGGCAGCACGAGAUUGGCGGCCCCUCGGGCCCCAACGACCCGGACAACCCGAUCGCUGCCUCCCACAAGGGCCCCAUCUCGGUCUACCUCGCCAAGGUUAGCAACGCGGCCUCGGCCUCGGCCAACGGCCAGCAGUGGUUCAAGAUCGCCGAGCGCGGCGUCAACAACGGCGUGUGGGCGGUCGACGAGAUGAUCUCCAACGACGGCUGGCACUACUUCGACGUGCCGUCGUGCGUGGCCCCCGGCCAGUACCUGAUGCGCGUCGAGCUGCUCGCCCUGCACAGCGCCAGCGCCCCCGGCGGCGCCCAGUUCUACAUGGAGUGCGCCCAGGUCGAGAUCACCGGCUCCGGCACCAACGCCGGCUCCAACUUCGUCUCCUUCCCCGGCGCCUACCCGGCCAACCACCCGGGCAUCGUCGUCAGCAUCUACGGCAACGUGGGCUCCUACCAGAUCCCCGGCCCGGCGCCCCUCACCUGCUCCGGCGGCGGCGGCGGCGGCGGCAGCAGCCCCAACCCCAACCCCACCCCCAACCCCACCCCGACCACUUCCGCCGGCGGCAGCCAGCCCACCAACGGUGGUGGCAACACCGGUGGUGGCAGUGGUGGCAGUGUGCCGCUGUACGCGCAGUGCGGUGGCAAUGGGUAUACCGGCCCCACGGCGUGUGCUGAGGGGAGCUGCAAGGCGCAGAAUGAGUGGUAUAGCCAGUGCACUCCUUAGGUGGUU